AUGCCUCCGACAGACCCGCAAGUCCAAGCCCUCUUGGGCCCUGGCCCUCCCGAGGGACUCAGUAAGAUGGGAGCCAUGCGCUGGGCCGCCAAAAAUCCCCCGAAAGACCCUCAGGCCAGCCUGGUCGGCAAGACGGUGCUGAUAACCGGCUCGAACACGGGGUUGGGGUAUCAGGCGGCUGUCAAAUUCGCCGCCAUGGGGGCCUCACGCCUGAUCCUCGCAGUCCGCACCCCCAGCAAGGGCGAGGAAGCGAAACGCCAGAUCAUCGCAACCGUCCCCUCCCUGCCAAAGAGCACGCAGAUCCUCGUCCUUCCGCUCGACAUGAGUGACAUUGCCUCCGUCAAGGCCUUCCCGGGCCGGUUGGCGCAGGCGAACAUCCGCACGGUGAACGUGGCCGUGCUCAACGCAGGCAUCGCCCCCUCGGCGUACCAUGUCAACCCCUCCACCGGCUGGGAGGCGGCCCUCCAGGUCAAUCUCCUCUCCACUGCCCUGCUCGCGAUCCUCCUCAUGCCCAUCCUCAAGGCCACCACCGCGGCGGCCACGAACCCCGGGGACCGCCCGGCGCAUUUGACCCUGACCGGCAGUUUUGCCCACCUGUACCUGACGGCGAAGGACUUGCCCUCGGUCGGGCCGGGCGAGAGCGUGCUGGCGGCAAUCAACUCCCCGCAGUUCUUCAAUGUCGAGACCUCGUACGCGGUGGUGAAGCUGUUGACAAUGUAUGUGAUGCAGGGUCUGGUCCGGGAUUACGCGGGCGGCGAGACCGACCCCGAGGUGACGGUCAAUGUCGCCUGUCCGGGCCUGUGCUCGACGGAGCUGGGGAGGGAUUUCCCCUGGUAUGUCGUGUUGCCGACGAAGCUGAUGCACAUGUACUGUGCGCGAUCCGCGGAGGAAGGGAGUCGCGCCUUGGUCAGCUCGACCUUGUUGGGCCGGGACGGCCAUGGGAAGUUCUGGUCGAAUGAUGUCUUGGCUGAACCCGGCGUGAUGGUCACGAGCGAGGAAGGCAAGAUCCUGCAACAACGGGUCUGGUCCGAGAUUAAGGAGUUCUGCAAGGCACAGUUGGACUAA